AUUAGUGAACUACAAUAACACCUCCCCAACGAAAAACCCACAUUAUCUACUUUCGAAGAAAGCUUUGCCGCGGAUGAAAAAUCUUCAGCAGCUGUCAGAAUGAGCUGUACAGGAAGUCGAAGUGAAAGAUCCGACUGGUAUGGAGAUCUUAAAGAACUACAAAUUCGGUUUGAAAAACUUAAGAAAAAUGAAAAGAAGAAAAACUCUGUAUCUGAAUCUUCUCAAAAACUUGCUGAGGAGAUAGAGAGGCUUCUGGGAAACCUUUUACAGCUGGAUGAGAGACGGACUGAGACAGUAUUUAAUAUUGAAAUUUGGAAAAGAGGCGAAAUUGAAAGACUACGCGAAAGGUUUCAAAGUGAAAAUAACAAAUUGAAAGAACAAAGAGGAAGAGUUGAAAGUGAAAAUAACAACUUGAACGAAAAAAUAAAGAAAGCUGUAUCGGAGAGGGACAAUCUUAAGCAGAAGCUUGGUGAGAAUGAAAAAAUCAUCGCUGGUUUGGAUACUAGGAUCAAAAGGUUACAAAGCGAAAAUAACAACUCGAAAGAACAAAGAAAGAAAGUUGAAUCGGAGAGGGACAAUCUUAAGCUGAAGCUUGAUGAUGAUGAAAAAAUCAUCGCUGGUUUGGAUGCUAGAAUCGCAAGCUUUGAAAAGGAUAACACUCAGCUGAGAGAACAAUGCGAUAAAGUGACAAAGGAAAGUAGGAAUCUAGAAUUAAAGCUUGCUCAAGAACAGGGAAAUAUCAAUGAUUUACAGACAAAAGUCGACAGGUUACAAAAUGAAAAUAACAACUUGGAAGAACAAAGAAAGAAAGUUGCAUCGGAGAGGGACAAUCUUAAGCUGAAUCUUAGCGAGGAUUGCAAAAUCAUCGCUGAUUUGGAGACUAGGAUCGUAAGAUUAGAGAAAGAAGUUGAAGAUACAUCAAAAUUAUUUGAAAAUGCAAAAAUUGAAAAUCAGAAUCUUCAAAAAGAACUUAGUGAGAAGACGCUUGAGUGUCACUGGGUAUUGGAGGCUCAAAAUAAGCAAAUCGAUAACUUCAAGAGAAAUUUGAAUGAACAGAGGAAUUCUAUAGAUAAAUUGCAGAGAAAUCUAUCAGAGGAGAAAAAAGCCAAGGAAAAUGCAUUAAACAGGCUUAGCGCUGCAGCAGCCAAUAGGUUGCGAGACCAAAAUCCUGGAAUAACGGACCUCAGCGAUCCAAAUCGUCCCUUGAAAUUGGCUGAGAAGGUCUCGGAGUUGUAUGACAACGAAUGGACAAACGCCAUGGAGAACCUGGAAGGAGAGUUGGAUAUGCACGAGGAUAAGGGGAUCAAACUUUUACUGAAAAUUAUUAAAAACGUGUUUGACACGUGUGCUGAGUUUGGAGACGCCCACCUUGCAGCUUUCCCUGACAUGUUGAUCUUACCGCCAUCCAUUUUACAGAGGGCAAAAGAAAGAACGCUCUACACCAGGGACCUGCCGGCUGAAAUACUUAAACCGAUGAAAGAUUUUCGAAAAUCGCAAGCAAAGCAUGCUAUAAAUCAUUUGCGAAAGUAUUUCUCUUCGAACGAUGGAAAAUCAAAACUGCGAAUUAGUAAGAAGAAAUUCAACACCUGCAAAGAAUACAUUGACAAAUGCGUUGAACUUUGUUGGAUGAUGCGUAUACAAGAUCCUCCAAUCUAUAUGGAAACAGACUACCCGACUAAUUCAGAAUUCGACUCCAGCAGAAUGCGAUCAUACACAAAAGCAGGGAGAUUCGUAAAUUUUGUUGUUUGGCCCACGUUUUUUCUACACAAGGAUGGUCCACUGUUGGGAAAGGGGGUUGUGCAAGGAAGCAAAAAUGAAGUUGAGAACAUCGAAGAAAGUAAUAGCGAGGCAGGAUCCUCUUGUUCCGAUGAAUCUGAUGAUAAUUUUGACGACGCUCGCUCACGCACAGAUUCAGAUUUGAAAGAAGAUGCAUCAACAUAUGCACAGAAGCCAAAGUUGGAAGAUGGUGAAACCACAUCUGGAGCAGGUAAAUCGCAAAGCAAUAGCACCGAGGGAAACCCAGAGGAACCAAUUGCAGAAGAACCAAUCUCAGAGGAACCAAUUCCAGAGGAACCAAUUCCAGAGGAACCAAUCCCAGGGAAACUAUAUCUAGAGGAACCAAAUGGAGAUGAAUAUUCCGGUCAGCCAGAAGGGUCAGUCAAAGAAGGAACUCGUCAUAAGAAAGUCAAAGAAGUUUGGAAUAAUUCAGAAGGAGCGGACAGCAAAGAAGAAAUAAAAACUGAAGACGAUCACAAUGACAAGUUAACAAAUGAUGAUGAAGAUUGUGGCGAAUAGCAAAUAUUCAUUGAAUAUUAUACGGAGAUGCAUAUAGCAAUGAUAAAUUAAUAUCUUGAUUAAGUAUUAUACAGUAAUAUUAUCUUAAAUCGACUGUAUAUGGUUCCAAAGAAAUUUGCCGAACUACACGGAGUGCAGAACGCAGAAUUGUAAUAAUGAUAUGGUUGUGAUAAUAGCAAACGUAUCACUAAAUUACAAAUAUGUCAAAUGUUGCAAUAUUCGAUUUAUUCCAUUUAUAUUAUAGAAUUUUAUACUUGUAUAGUUCUCCAUAUAUUUUGCAUAAUUUGUAUUCAAUAAUUGUUAAUUUGUAUUCUAUGGGUUUUUUUAUUCUAUAUUUUUUUUAAUUUGUAUUGUAUACUGUAUUGUGUUAUUUUUCAUUUGUAUUUCCGUAAUCGUUAUUAUAUAGCUAGUAACUCUUUAAUUUUCCUAAAUUCUUGAGAAUUUUAGCGUUCAACAACUGGACCAUUAUUGAGCUCCAUCUUUUCAUGAAAGAACAGGAUCCACACCGAAACGUUCUGAGCACAAGUUACCGUUAUUGCACGAAGACAAAAUUUAUUUCAAGACUGAUAGAUUUGAACUCGGAAUCUACAUGUCAUUAAUCCAUUACUUUAUCCACUGAUCUACAAAAGUAUCGUGUAACGAGCUACUAUAAGAUAAACAGCUGAGUAGGAGUGAGGGUGAGGAUGAUUUCCUUAAUACUUUAAGCUCAACUUGUACAGAAUUUACCUUAAUCAGACAUCAGUUUUAAUACAUAUUAAUCUUGAAAUAGAUAUAUAUAAUUCAAUUUUAUAUUGUCUUUGAAUUGAUUUUGGUAGAUCCAAUAAAUUACCUACAAAACAAUACCCCCUCCCCCAACUAAUUUCCAUGUGUGCAUAAAGGAUGUAGCCAUCACUCUGAACCACCCGAAAUUAUUCGACCAAUGAAAGCGAUCGUGACAAAGAAAAUACACAUAUCCCACAAUUCUAAUUAAUUUUAUUAUCGAAUACAACUGGAAUUCACAUACAAUACAGAUUAAAACAUUAAAGGAUAGAAAUAGUGUAAUAUGCAUGUACAAUACAAAUGAAAAUAAUACAAUAUAUAUGGAAUACAAGUAGACAAUUUAAGAAUACAAUUUUAAAAUGUGUAACUUACGCGUACCGGCCAAAAUAAUGGGAAAGGGAAAAUAUUUCAAUAUGUAGUCCAGAUCUUCAUCGAUGUUUCAGAGAGGUAAAGAUUUGAUUCACUGUUGCAGAUAUUUCUCUAGACAGAUUAUAGUAAGAAAGCGCAGUGCCACUUGGUCUUCGCAUUCAUUUUGGUGAAAACUGAAAUAAAGCAAGCGGAUAUCUUUAGAGAAUUUAUUAUCAAGUGCCAUGUUUAACGAGUACUCGACUCGUUGCCGUCCUAUAUAUAUAUAUUUCAAAUGCAAUGUACAUCUUGUAUGAUCCUCUUAAAUGUACGUUAAAUAGCUGUAUCCUAUUUCCAUUUUCAAUGACUGUGUAGCGUGUGUGUGACAGCGUGGUGAGAAUUCCAUCAUUAUCGAAAGCAAGUGUGAAGACUUGCCUAGAUGGUCGAGCUAUAUAUAUAUAUAUAUAUAUAUAUAUAUAUAUAUAUAAGCACUGAAAAGGCCACAAAGCAAAUAACACGAAAUGUAUAUGUAAUAUAUGUCUCUUGAUAAAGACGCGUGUUGCGUCGAAAAUUUAAGUUUUAAAUAACCAACAGUGCCGUGGCCUUUUCAGUGCUUUUAUAAAUUUCUUUACUGGCCUUGUAUCUUCUCAGAUCCGACACUUUAAGAAAGUAGGGUGUUGUUGGGUUUAUGUGCUUUUAUAUAUAUAUAUAUAUAUAUAGUCUGUGUAAUCUUUAGUCAAAAAGUCAAAAAUUAAAUGCAUUAUUUCAUUAAUCAGCUUGUGAUUGGUUGUGACUUACUAGGUGUUUUUCAUUAACAUUACGUUACCAGCAACACGACUCAACAAUAAUUGUCUACGAAAUAUAACUAGCUAGUGGACUAUGUCCAUUUCGCUAAGUCCAUUCCAUUAUUGGCUAUUAAAGCGACACAGGAAAAUUCCGAUACAGCUGGGUUAUUACUGGAGGCAUCCGUAGAUUAACUUGUAAUAUGCUGUGAUACUCUGUAGAAAUCAAAAGUAUUCUGAUACAUUUGGAAAGAAAUACAAUUAUAUAGAUGGCAUAGAAAUGAAAAUAUUUGAAAAAUAAACUUGAAUUUUA